AAGGAUUGCUUGGAAAUCUGAGGCUCAGUACAGAGUAGCCGGAAUAUCGAGUCAAAUUCUGCAGUGAAGUCUUGCUGGUUUUGUAAGAAACCUAAUUCCACAACCAUGUCUGAAGAGCAGACACCCCAGAUGUGCGAAGCAGAAUGCUGCACAGUGGAUUCCCCAGAAUUUGAAGAUGAAGAAAGCUGGCUUUACAAAGUGUUGGGAAUCAAGCUUAUGCCUUCCUCUGCACUGGAUGACGACAUGGAAAGGCAGGAGGACAAAACCCUGGGCUACACCGAGUCAUUUCUGCGCUUGCAAGACAUCCUUCAAGAGAGCAAACUCAGCAGGAUUGAUGAUAGCAACAGUCGCCAAGUGGGAAAUGCUAAAGAAGAUGAUGGAACCAGCUAUGGUGACAGCGAUAUUGAUGAUAACGUGAAAGUUAUCAUUGACAACAUAAAAACAAACCCCUCCAUGUCUAUGAAGAUGCUCACUGAUCUGAACUCAGAAGCUGAACAAGAUGUGGAAAGAACUGCACCAGAUAAUGCCAUGAAUCCAAUUGAUUAAACAAGAAUCAAAAACACCUUACCAUCACCUAUCUUCAUGCAUAAAUGAAGUUGUAAUUUAAAAAAAAAACACCAAACUUGUUUUAAAGACAAUGGUAUCAUCUCUACACACAUACCUGAAAACAAAUCUAUACCAAACUGCUAAAACAAAUGGAAACUACUUGAGACCAGAUAUAAAGUGGGGAAUCUACUGAAUUUUGAAGAUUUUGAAGAUGGAAAUCCUUGUCCAGCUUGAAAAAUCACCCCCAAACAAUCUAAAGUUAGCUACAUUCCUAGGA